CCUGAUGAGGAAGCUGUGGUGGACCAUGGUGGCACCAGCUCAGUUCUGAAUAUCCAUUAUGAGAAAGAAGAGCUAGAGGGUCACAGGACUCUGUUUGUGGGUGUGCGGAUGCCCAUGGGCAGACAGUCUCAUCGUCAUCACCGGCCGCACAGCUCCAAACACCGCAGAAGAGCUGAGAGGAUGCGGGCUGGAAGUGUGGCUCAAGAAGACAUGAACACAGAAAGUACCGCAACAUCGCACGAUACUCCAUCCCAGAGGGUUCAGUUUAUUCUGGGCACUGAAGAGGAUGAGGAGCAUGCAGCACAUGACCUCUUCACAGAACUUGACGAAAUCUGUGUUAAAGAUGGCAAAGAUGCAGAGUGGAAGGAAACUGCGAGGUGGUUAAAGUUUGAGGAGGAUGUGGAAGAUGGAGGGGAAAGGUGGAGUAAGCCAUAUGUAGCUACACUCUCUCUCCAUAGUCUGUUUGAGCUACGGAGCUGUAUCAUUAAUGGAACUGUCCUGUUGGACAUAAAGGCCAGCUGCAUUGAGGAAAUUGCAGAUUUGGUGCUUGACCAUCAGGAGGCAGCUCAUGAACUGGAUGACAGUGUGAGAAUGAAGGUUCGAGAGGCACUUCUGAAGAGGCAUCACCACCAGAGUGACAAGAAGAGGAACAACCUGCUGCCCAUGGUCAAGUCCCUUACUGACGCAAGCAGGAGACAGAGUGAACCUCAUCAUAUGGACAAGGCGGGUCUUGCCACUUCUCCCCAGCCUCCACCUACAAAUCUAGAUGUAAAGAUCGGAGCAGCGGAUAAUGGCCAGAUGGAUCUCAGCAAGGUGGACACACAUUUCAUGAAGAAGAUCCCCACUGGAGCAGAAGCUUCCAAUGUGCUAGUUGGGGAGCUGGACUUUUUAGAGAGAUCCAUUGUUGCAUUCGUUCGCCUGUCUCCUGCUGUACUGCUUACAGGACUCACUGAAGUUCCCAUUCCCACUAGAUUUGUGUUCAUUUUGCUUGGUCCCGAUGGAAAAGCCCAACAGUACCAUGAGAUCGGUCGCUCCAUGGCCACCAUCAUGACCGAUGAGAUUUUCCAUGAUGUUGCAUAUAAGGCCAAGGACAGAAGUGAUUUGUUGGCUGGUAUAGAUGAGUUUCUGGAUCAAGUGACAGUUUUGCCUCCAGGGGAAUGGGACCCUUCUAUACGCAUAGAACCUCCUAAAAGUGUCCCAUCACAGGAGAAAAGAAAGAUGCCAGGAGUGCCGAACGGAACAGCUGUUCCUUUUGAGGAAGAGCAGCAUGGAGAACACCAUGGACCAGAACUGCAGAGAACAGGAAGGCUGUUUGGAGGACUGUUUCUGGAUGUGAAAAGAAAAGCUCCAUUUUAUUUGAGUGAUUAUAAAGACGGUCUGAGUUUGCAGUGUGUAGCUUCUUUUCUGUUUCUGUACUGUGCCUGUAUGUCUCCUGUUAUCACCUUUGGAGGACUUCUGGGAGAGGCUACAGAAGGACGCAUUAGUGCGAUUGAGUCCCUUUUAGGAGCGUCUAUGACUGGAGUAGCAUACUCUCUGUUUGCUGGACAGCCACUAACUAUACUGGGCAGCACUGGACCUGUUCUUGUGUUUGAAAAAAUUCUCUUCAAGUUCUGCAAAGACUACGAUCUCUCGUACCUGUCCCUGCGCACUUGUAUCGGUCUGUGGACGGCUUUCCUGUGUCUGAUUCUUGUUGCAACGGAUGCUAGUUCUUUGGUCUGUUACAUCACACGUUUCACAGAGGAAGCGUUUGCCGCACUUAUAUGUCUUAUCUUCAUUUACGAAGCACUAGAGAAACUUUUUCAUCUUGGAGAACUGUACCCCAUCAACAGACAUGCCGAUCUAGACAAACUAACUCUGGCCUACUGUAGGUGUGCAGAGCCUGAUAACACCAGUAAUAAAACACUAGAACUGUGGAAUCAAAGGAACAUAACAGCCUCUGCAGUGCCAUGGAGCAACCUCACUGUAUCGGAGUGUUUAGAUCACCAGGGGCAGUUUAUUGGAUCGGCGUGUGGACACCAUGGUCCCUACACUCCUGAUGUGCUCUUCUGGUCGGCCAUCUUGUUUUUUGGUACCUUUUUCUUGUCUACCUUCUUGAAACAGUUCAAGAGUAGCAGAUACUUCCCAACACGGGUACGGUCAAUGAUCAGUGAUUUUGCUGUGUUCCUCACCAUUGUUUUCAUGGUCCUGAUUGAUUAUUUAAUUGGAGUUCCAUCCCAAAAGUUACAAGUGCCCAGCAACUUCAAGCCCACGCGUGAUGACCGUGGUUGGUUUAUUAACCCUAUCGGGCGAAACCCAUGGUGGACUGUGCUGGCUGCCUUAAUACCAGCUCUUCUCUGCACCAUCCUCGUCUUCAUGGACCAGCAGAUCACCGCUGUCAUAAUUAACCGCAAGGAACAUAAACUGCUAAAAGGCUGCGGGUACCAUUUGGAUCUUCUGAUGGUUGGAGUGAUGCUGGCUGUAUGUUCCAUAAUGGGGUUACCCUGGUUUGUUGCAGCAACCGUCCUGUCAAUUACCCAUGUCAACAGCCUGAAGCUAGAGUCUGAAAGCUCCGCCCCUGGAGAGCAACCUCGAUUUCUGGGUAUUCGAGAGCAGAGGCUGACUGGUCUGGUCAUUUUUCUACUCAUGGGCUUAUCUGUGUUCAUGACUGGAACAUUACAGUUCAUUCCCAUGCCAGUUCUCUAUGGUGUUUUUCUUUAUAUGGGAGUCUCAUCUCUGAAAGGCAUUCAGUUCUUUGACCGUCUGAAGUUGUUUGGCAUGCCAGCGAAGCACCAACCAGACUUUAUUUAUCUACGUCAUGUUCCUCUGAGGAAGGUUCACCUGUUCACUCUGACCCAACUUACCUGCCUUGUGCUGCUCUGGGUCAUCAAAACUUCCCCUGCCGCAAUCGUCUUCCCUAUGAUGGUGCUGGCAUUAGUGUUCAUCCGUAAGCUGCUGGACUUCUGUUUUUCCAAACGAGAGCUUAGUUAUCUUGAUGAUCUGAUGCCUGAGAAUAAGAAGAAGAAGCUGGAUGAUGAAUCCAAAAAGGCAGAGGAGCAGGAAUCACAGGAGAUGCUGGUUGAUGACUCUGAGAAAUUACAAGACAAAGACACAGUGCAGAUCCCAAUGGAGAGCAAACCUCUACACUCACCUCGAACCCCAGACCCCAGGACUGAUCCCUCUGAUAUUAACAUAUCUGAUGAAAUGUCUAAAACUACAGUGUGGAAAUCCCUCAGUUCCAAUCACAAGGACACACAACGCUCAAACACACAUAAAAAGGAGGUUCCGUGAAGUAACCCCACAGAAAGAAGAAAUUACAUUCUUAGCGUCGUUUGUUUGAAAUCCGGCUGCCAUGUGCUAAAAACACACCGAUAUUAGUUCACUCCUUUCCACUGUUUCUCACACACAUGCGUGUUUCUGUAUAGCUGUGUGAGAUAUAUUGGUGUGUCAGUGUGUGUGUGUGUGUGUGUGAAUAUGUGCAACAUAUUCUCCUAACAAAUCCAGGUUAUUUUUAAUGUUUAGUUGAGUUUUAGCAGACAUAGGCGUCUCUGUGCUGUGCUGUAGUGUACGUGAUUUUUUUUGGUAAUUGUCUCAUUUAUAGAAUAAUACAGUUGUUUAAAUGUUCUCAUUUUAACAAUAUACUUGCUGUAGAUAUUACUGUAAAUGUGUGUUUUGUUCAUCAUCAAAAAUCCAUGAUAAGUACGUGUGUUUAAGCCAAAUGGCCAGUCAAAAUAAUAACCUCAGUUUGAUCUAUUUUUGUGCCAGUAUAAAUAGCCAUGGCUUACAUUAGACCAACAUGACCAUAAACCAAAUUAGGGCUGUUAAAAUGGCUGAAAAACUAAAUUCGAAUUUUGUACUUAAAUAUGAUCAAAAUUCGAAUUAUAU